CUUUCUGCUCCUCCCUUGCAUAAACUUUCCCGUCCCUGCGCCUGGCUCCGUGCGCGGACCCGGGAGCCCGCCGCGCUCCCCGCAUUCCUGCCGCCCGCCCCGGCCCGGCCCCGGCCCCGGCCCCGGUCCGGCCCCGGUCCGGCCCCGGUCCCGGCACCCGCGGCCGGCCCAGCCCCUCCGGAGCACGGAGCAGCAGGUUGUCGUGUGUCCGUGGGGGCUCGGGGUCGGAGCCCAGAGCAGCCAGCACCAUAGCGUCCAACAGCUGGAACGCCAGCGGCAGCCCCGGGGAGGGGCGGGAAGAUGGCCAGGACGGCAUGGACAAGAGUCUGGACAAUGAUGCCGAGGGCGUGUGGAGUCCGGACAUCGAGCAGAGCUUCCAGGAGGCGCUGGCGAUCUAUCCCCCCUGCGGCCGGCGGAAAAUCAUCCUCUCGGAUGAGGGCAAGAUGUACGGUCGUAACGAACUGAUAGCCCGGUACAUCAAGCUGCGGACGGGGAAGACGAGGACGAGGAAGCAGGUGUCCAGCCACAUACAGGUUCUAGCUCGGAAGAAGGUGCGGGAGUACCAGGUUGGCAUCAAGGUCUCUAGCCACUUGCAGGUUCUUGCCCGACGGAAAUCUCGUGAGAUUCAGUCCAAGCUGAAGGCCAUGAACUUGGACCAGGUCUCGAAGGAUAAGGCUCUGCAGAGCAUGGCUUCCAUGUCCUCCGCGCAGAUCGUGUCGGCCAGCGUCCUACAGAACAAGCUCAGCCCCCCUCCUCCUCUUCCUCAGGCCGUCUUCUCUGCUGCCCCCAGGUUUUGGAGUGGGCCUAUCCCAGGACAGCCUGGACCCUCUCAGGACAUUAAACCGUUUGCACAACCAGCUUACCCCAUCCAGCCACCCAUGCCUCCAUCACUAGCCAGUUAUGAGCCCUUGGCUCCGCUCCCACCAGCCGCCUCGGCCGUGCCCGUCUGGCAGGACCGCACCAUCGCCUCCACCAAGCUCCGGCUCCUCGAGUACUCCGCCUUCAUGGAGGUGCCGCGGGACGCCGAAACGUACAGCAAACACCUCUUUGUGCACAUCGGCCAGACGAACCCCUCGUACAGCGAUCCGCUGCUGGAGGCUGUGGACAUCCGCCAGAUCUAUGACAAGUUCCCCGAGAAGAAAGGUGGCCUCAAGGAGCUCUAUGAGCGUGGGCCCCAGAACUCCUUCUUCCUCGUCAAAUUUUGGGCGGAUCUGAACAGCACGAUCCAGGAUGGGCCGGGGACUUUCUACGGUGUCAGCAGCCAGUACAGCAGUGCAGAGAACAUGACCAUCACGGUCUCCACCAAGGUGUGCUCCUUUGGGAAGCAGGUCGUGGAGAAAGUGGAGACGGAGUACGCACGGCUGGAGAACGGCCGGUUCGUCUACCGCAUCCACCGGUCUCCCAUGUGCGAGUACAUGAUCAACUUCAUCCAUAAACUCAAGCACCUCCCGGAGAAGUACAUGAUGAACAGCGUCCUGGAGAAUUUCACCAUCCUGCAGGUUGUUACGAACAGGGAUACCCAGGAAACCUUGCUCUGCAUAGCCUUCGUUUUCGAGGUCUCCACCAGCGAGCACGGCGCCCAGCACCACGUGUACAAGUUGGUCAAGGACUAGGGGCCCUCGGGGACGGGCGGGGGCACGAGAGGUGCGCAGGGGAGGGAGGGGGCCGUGCAGAAAAGCCACCCGUGCCCGUUGCCUCGUGAGAAGUCAUUUGAAGAGAGGAGGAGGAGGAGGAGGAAGAAAAACAAUAGCCAAAAAAGACUGACUUGCGAUCUCAGAUGUUUUCUACUUAGGAACAGUUUCUUUUUUUUUUUUAAAUAAAUAAAAAAAAAAAAAAAGAAGAAUGGGAAAGGAAACGUAGGGAGAAGGAAACCCGUGUCCGGCGCUGGAUGGGGAGAGACCGGCCCUCGGUGUUGCUGGUGAUGGCCGGGAGCCCGCCGUGCCGCCGUCAGCAGCGGGAUGUUGGAGCGGAGGACAACCCCCCCCCUCCUUUCGCCCCCACCCCUUGCUCAGAUGUGGUCCCGGUCUCGAGCGGAGAGGAGCGAGCACGGACGGGCUGGAGGACAUGGUGUCGCGCCAGGUCUGGUCCCAAAGCGAUUGGCAUGGCAGCGGCCGUGGCACCGGUGCUGCCCGGCAGAGCCCUGGUGGCGGCAGGGACAUGGGGAUGGAUGUGCCGAGGUGGGAGCAGGUAGGAGCAGGGUGGCGGAGGGGGAUGCUGCCGCAGCCCCCCCAGGGCCCAGCACCCCGGAUGCUCCUUCGCCGUGCCUGGCUGGGGUGCCGGGAACCGGCAGCGCUCAAGGUGGGAGGGCAUCGACGAUGCAAACCAUUUUUUUGAGGGCUCUUUUUUUCUUUUUUUUUUUAAAUUAAAAUGCUUUUUAAUACUUUUUAACAAGACACCAUGCUUGUAAUUGGGAUUAUGCCCCUCUGUGGUGUCUGGGACCUGCUUCCCUGCCACCCCCAUCAUGCCAGUGACCGGAGGAGGUGAUGCAGCCGGGUCAGCCAUGCAGCAAAACUGUGGGGCACAGGGAGCUGGUGUGUGUAGGGAGGGCGUGGGGUUGCCUCCAUCUCUCUGGGGUCGCGGCAGACAAGAGGCUCGUUUUUAAUGUGGCAGCAGGAUCCCCUGAGCUCUGUGUGUGAUUUCAGGGAUUGCACUCGGGGGUGGCCCAGGCUAAAUGUACCCCUCUGUGGUCACUUGUCAAGGAGUAAUGAGGAGAGAGCAGUGAGGGUGGAUUUGCCUGAUUUUACUUUGCAUAUAUACAUUUUCCAUCUCUCCCUCCCCCUUUUGCGUUUUUUCUGUGUUGACCCUUCUGGUUUCAGCUGCUCCAGCCGCUCACCUGCAUCCCGCGGGAAGCAGCCAGGGAAGCAGCUCGUGCAGGGAGAUGCACGUUGUGCAAUGCUGGGCCAGGCUGCAAGCGGGCAGAGUUGAGGAGAGAGGGGACAGAGGACAGGAGCGAUGUCAGGACAGGGGACUGGGUCUGCUUGGAGGUAUUUUUGCGGCUGCAGCCCAACAUAAGCCAAGGCAGCGUGCCCCAUCCCGAGGCGGUGGCUGCAAGGGCAGAGCCCACGGGGAGCAUCCCCAGGGCGUAGGAGGGACAGAGGGACAGAGGUUGAGCUUUGCAGUGGUGGCACGGAGCAGGGUGGCAGGAGGGCAGCAGGGGGACGGGGAGCCCAAGAUGGGCAGGUCUGGCCAGGUGUCUUGUGCCGGUGGGGGAGUGAAGGCGGUGAGAGGUGCAGAGCCAGGUGCUGCAGGAGGGUAGGAGUGGUUUGAAGGGUGCUGGAGCCUGGGAUCGGGGGACAGAAGGGGUUUAGGCUUAAUGCUGUCGGGUGCGGAGGAGCAGGAGCAACCCCAGAGCUCAGAAAAGGGCCUUGGCUGCCAUCACGAUGCCACAUGUCCUGCGAGGCGUGGGGACUCCCACUCGCUGCUGGGAGAAGCCACCCCGGCCCCACACCUGGGCAAGGACACGGCGGUGGGGAUGGAUGGAGGCGGCCGCAGCGAACAGGGGUGGCCGAGCAGGGGGGAAGAGAGAGGGAAAAAAAUCCAGGGAAAGGCACCGGCAUCCCACUGCAGGGCUGUGCCGGCGCUGCCUGGCUGAGUUCUCAUAUGUAGCAUGUUUGUUGUUUCGUGGUUCUUUUUCUUUCUUUUGUUUAACUCACUGAUCUAAAACUCUGGGAAUGAAAACUCAAAACUCCCCUGCCAUAAAACACAGGUGUGCCCUGCUCCCAGCCCCGAUGGGGGAUGAAGCUCUUCGUUAACUGGACCGGUUUGCGCCUCCAUCCCUGCAUCCCUCCAUCCCGCCUGCACAGAGCCCGGGGGCGCCCACCCGCACCCCCUGCACACGGUGCCGCCGACGGCUCCGGCCGGGGUUUAGCCACGAUCCCAGAGACACUUUCUCAACUCCCCCCCCAGCCCCUCUAUUCUCCUCCGGUGUAUUUAUGAAUUUCACAUGAAGUACUGUUUUAUUUUUUUAAAGACUUUGUAAAGCUUACCAGGGUUACGAUCACCAUUUUUAGAGCUGUGUCAGUCCACAAUGUUAAAAAUCCAUUUUUUUUAUGUAUUAUAUUUUUUGUGUAUUUUUUUUAAUCCAGCUGUGAUGGGUUGUAUCAUAUAUUUGUUGUGUUUACUGUAUCUGUCCAACUUCAAAGAGAGGAGACUGUGGAGCUCCGAGAAAACUACGGUCUGCUGAAAAAAAAACAAAACAACAAAAAAAACAUUAAAAUUAUUUGUUCAUGGGUUGGCUCAA